ACGAGCUCCACCGAUCAUUAACAGACCACAAGCCGACAGCUACCGAAACUCUCCAGAUAAUCCCGAUUCGUAACACCAUUGAAGUCCCUUUCUUUGACGGGUUGGGGGUAAGGGAGAGGGGGAAGAUAUUAAGAAGGAAAAAAACAACAUUUUGUAGAAAACCUUACUUUCUGUACCCCGUAAAUCCCAUCUGCUGUUUUCGGAUCCAAGCCUGUCUGAAAGAGAUUCAAUCAAGAUGAAAACAAUUGGUGUUGCCGUGUUUGGAGCCGUGUUCUGCACUGUUCUGACUGCAUCCCUGAAAGUCAAAGAAGAACACAAGAUUGCUUUUUUCGGCGAGGAUGUGCACAUCCCACUCCCAUCCCUAGUCAGCACUGAUGUUCUGUUCAAGCCCGCCUCCAACCGCACCGCCGAGGUGGUCCUGAUGAGGGACGGGCGGGUGGUGGGCCACCGGGCCCAGCUCAACUCCCUCAAGCACCUCAUCCUGGAGGAUGUGGGGGAGGAGCACGAGGGCAUGUACGUGAUCAAGAACACUGAGGCGCCUGCCGAUGUCAAACACAUCAUCCUCAUCGUCAGGGAUUGCGCGCUGGAGCAGGUGGUUAAGUACGGUGAGACAUACCACAUCCCACUCAGUGACAUCUUGGGCCCUAUCACCCUGGAGUUCAGGUCCAGUCAAGCUCAGGCCAAUCAGACCACGGAGCCCCCGGCAGUGGUAUUGCUCAACCAGACUUCCACCCCCCCAGAGGAGUACAAGGGUCGUCUGAGUGUGUCCGAGAAAAGGGUGACUCUAGGCAUGGUGCGGGGGACAGACGAGGGAAGUUUCACCGUACUGGACCGUGAUGGGAAAGUCAGGAGGAGGUCAUGCCUGAACGUGAAAGAGCACCAGAACUUCGUCCACCUAUCAUAUGGCAGUACUUUGAAGAUCAACCUGUUUGUGGACCACACCAAAGUCAACCUCAUGUACACUCCAGAUUGGGACCGGAAGGACCGGGUCAUACUAGAGCAAGGAGAGCUGGUGGUGCCGCUGGACCCUUCACUGGACGGCAGGCUGACUGUAGAAGGCUCCGUGUGCAUUCUGGAGAGGGUCCGGGUUAGUGACAUGGGCCUCUUCAGAGUGACAGACCUGUUGGGGUUCCCUGUGACCAACAUCUACCUGGAGGUGGAAGCCUAUAAGUUACCGACGCUGUAUGUUGCAAUCCUCUCCUUACUGGGCUUCCUGGUCCUCCUCUUGCUGGUGUGUCUGCUCUCCUGCCUGAUAAAUGUGCGCCGUCGGGCGGAGAAGGCGCGGCAAAUUGCCCUCAUCGCCCAGCAGGCGGGCAAGGGGGAUGGAGAUGCAUUCGUCAAGGUUGUUCAAGAGGCCUAUACACGGUUCGCUGAGGAAUCCACUUUGACGUCUACGUGGGACAACAGCAAUGCUACAGAGAGCACGGAGGUCACCAUUAAGGGUCUGGAGGUAUCCAAAGCAGGUCGCUACCACACUCUCUCCUCGGACAAGAACUUCCUGGAGAUGAGCGACUCGGGGGUAGAGUUCAACUCCUCCACCCUCCCGUUGGACAGCGAAUGUGAGACGGACGUGCCCCAGACCUUCACCUCCCACAAGCUGCUCCUCAACAACUCUGACAGUGUGGCCGCCACCAUCAUCCCCGAGGGAGACCAGAGUGCCAACCGGACCCCCGACUCGGCCAUGAGCCCCAGCUACAUGACCCAGGCCCGGUCUGAGGCCGACGCCCCUGAAGAAGACCUGAUGGGUGUCACCACGCCAGAAAGGGCAUCCAGUGGCGCCGAGCUGUCUGCAGCACUUGAGGCAGCCGAUAAAGUUAUCAGCCCGUCAGUUCCCAAUGCCACUGCAGAGAGCACCACCACCUGAGCGCAAACCACCGGACACCCUGACAAUCUUUACUCUUCAACUUCAAUUACUCCCCCCCCCCCCCCCCCCCCCUCACGCAGACAUAACCAAAAUCCUGAUCACUGCUUUUAUAAACUAUAACUACACAAAAAUGCUUGGUGUAAAAAUUGCCAGGCUAAAUGCACUCGACUUAAUCCCUAAAGAAAAAAUACAAGACCCUAGCUCAUUAGAAUACAUUAAUUCUGUGCAUACAGGAAAUGCAUGUGUAACGGAGUUAAGAACGUAAGCUCACUCCACAGCUAGCUUGAAAUGUCGCGGAUGGAGCCAUCCAAUUGAUACCUUUUGGGAGGCUCAGCACGUUGGAACGUUGUCACGCAGGGCGGUCACGUGUGUUGCGAAGCAGAGGAUCACUGGUUCGAGCCCAGUAUGGGGCAGUCGGACAGUGGAGGAAGCUAAGCUGUUAGCAGCAGACUGACCCCUGUUACACGUGCAUUUAAAUUAGACUUAAAAGCCAGGAUUUAGCCUUAGCUGGCCCAAGAGGCAAUUUAUAGUAUUGAUGACUGCAUAGUGCAUGCAUGCCUCUUUGGCCUAAGAACCAGAGACCGAGAUAAUAUCUAAGAUAACUUGGUGGACUAAGGGAAAAGGCAUUAUGAUGAUUCAUGAAAAUACAUUAAGAUUACCAUGCCCAAAAGGAAUGAGCGCACACUGAUAUCUGAGUAACUGUUUUUAUACCCCUGUAAAAAUGAAUCCCAGAAUUCUUCUAAUGACAAAAAUGUAAACAUUUUUGACAGAGCGAAAAUAUAUUUGAUCUAUAUUUCUUAUUAGCAUUCAAUGCUCUUACCACCAGUACUGUAUGUGGGGACAUCGACAUAGCAGCUGUAUUUGGGGACAUAGACAUAGCAGCUGUAUGUGGGGACAUAGACAUAGCAGCUGUAUGUGGGGACAUGGACAUAGCAGCUGUAUGUGGGGACAUGGACAUAGCAGCUGUAUGUGGGGACAUGGACAUAGCAGCUGUAUGUGGGGACAUAGACAUAGCAGCUGUAUGUGGGGACAUAGACAUAGCAGCAAAAUAUAUGACAUAUGGUAAUAGACCAAAUUCAUUCUACAAAUAACAUUGUAAUACUAGAUUAACAAGACCAAUAAAGAUAACUUUAUUUUUUAAUAAAUCUCGGUAAAAAAAAUGCUUCUGACAAACAUAAACCCAGAGUAUCUGACAUAGGCCUAUACCGCUACAAUUUCAUUACAUCCAGAGAGACACUAUUAACAGAAAGUACAGGCAUGGCAUUAGGCUUUGGCACCAACUCAGAGAAAGUGCUUGUCUCAGCAUAUAGCCUCUAUAGAAUAGCAGAGUUGGAGAACUAAAACCCCCAAGAUCUUCUUACAACAUUCUUGCUAACCGACACAAGCUAGUAGAUUGAAUAACACCAUGCUAUGCAAGAAAGCUAGUAGUGUCCCUGAGCAUGUAACAAGGUGUCCAAUCUCUGCCACUUUUGAUGACAUAAUCCCAGCACAGUAAAUGUUUACUACAUCCCUCAUCUUGCAAAACAAAUGACCUGGAACUAAUACAACGGGAACUUCACAUCAGGUCAUUCUAAACCCCUCCACAUCACGUUUCUCAUUAGAACCCCAGCCACUGCAGAACAAGCCUUGGAACAGAGACUUCUAGAACUUCUCUGACAGAUGGGACAUGACAAUGAUCCCUUUGGAAGGGACCUGAACGUUUGGAUCACUACCCUUUAAUAAAGGCAAGUAAGUAAGGCAGACCUAUGGAGAAGGAAUUACAUGCAUGAUGUCCUUUUUCAUUCCUAUUUUGCCUGACUCCAUGGCCCUGUUAGCCAAAAGGAACUGAACGCUGAAUUGAUAAAUGCUAACAAUUAAGCCAACUUACUUUCCUGACAGACUGAAAACACUGCUUAGUGAGUGAGACUGGAGCGCCAACAAAGCCAGCAAGUUAUUAAGAUCCAAUGUAUUUGCUGCUGCAUUCAUCACUGUCUUUAUGGGGGAAGGUUUUUUACGCAUUCUCUUUUAACACAAUAUACAUUGCCAGAGUCACUUAUUUGAACCACACAUCCCACCCAGAACCUCUAAACGAAUAACAGUAGCUGCCUCAUCUCAAUUCAGUGCAGCAUCUUUUGCCAACGCGUCGUAUUCCAGAUAGGCGAGGAUGAAUGACUAGAUUACAACGAAGCGGCAAAGUCACAAUGCAAAAUAGAACAUCAUUCUUAUCCAGCACCGUGAUUGCUGAACUUCUUAAAUUUCGUGAUGAUUGUAUUGUCUUAAGUUCUAUUCGAGUUGUAACCCAGAUCUAUUCAAUCUGUUCAAUCUGAACAGGAAAAACACAGAACCGUUCGCCGACCAUUCAGAUAACAUCAGUCCAUUUGCUGCAAAUAUACAUUACAAAGACAUCCACCCUCAGUCCACUUGCUUCAGAAACAGUAUAUUAUUACAUCCAUUACGACAUCUGACGAACCAUUCCACUAAGGCCUCCCAUUGGUUUCAACUCUAGUCCAAUCAGGUACUGCAUAUUAUUAACGAAGGCAUUCUGUAUGUCGAUAAUAGGUGGGUGUAUAGCUGACCAUGUUAAAAAUGUCAAAGCAAAGGUAAUGAAGGGGUGUAACAGUCCCAGGCAUUCUGGGACAUGGCGUAGUUGUUGGUGGGGGACAGCAUCUGCUAGCAAUAUCCCUGCCUCGUGUUGUAACCGAUUUAGGAUGUCCGUGAGAGGAACUCAAGAGAGUAAAGUCAAACAUGAUUAGUGUCAGAAAGAAAAAGCACAAAUAUAAUUACAUGAGAAAAAGUCCCCGUGUUACAAAAAUGUUUUUAAAUGUUUUUUUUUUUAUUGCAGAUGUUGUAAAUAAUAAUACCUGCAAAAUACAAGUAUAAUUCUACUUUGCUUUUUUGUUUAAAAUGAAGGUUUAAUUGUUUUUAAUGCAACAUAAGAAUACUGGACAGCAUAAAUAUCUUAUGUAUAAAUGAAUCAUAUAUGAUGUAGCUACUUGAUCGUUGAUAUUCUAUCGGCUAUUAUCUUGGUUUUGUGGAGUAUUACAAUUUUAUAGAUGUGUGUUAAAUUGGUGCUGAAUUUGCACUGAUUAGAUUAGGAUGGAUAACAACGUUGACUAAAGACAAUGUAAAAGCCACCUAAUCUUUAAAGCUAUCCCUUCCAUAUCAGGUAACAAGCUACUGAAUCCAUGGUCUGGGGAGGCAUAUUUGACCCAUUCCUAUUUUAGCUAAUUGACUUCUGAUUGAAUCUUGAGCAAUAUCUGUGCUGUAGCACCAAAAUUAUUAUUAUAUUUUUUAACUGGGUAAAAAAAUAUAUAUAUAUACAAUUCAUACACACAUACUAUACCUUACAAACAUUACCCAAAGCUCACUUUCAAGCACUCUUGUAUAUAGCCUAGAUAUAUUGCAUGUGCAUCGCCAAUACUGUUUCUUACUGCAAAGUUAUGCAACAUUUUAUAUCCCUGAAUUGCGUCUUUUAUCCUUUCACUAAGUUCACAGUAGAUAGAUACUGAUACACAUAAUAUAUGAGAUGCCUUAGACUGAGUGGCCGAGAAGACGUAAUAGCAGUAAAAUGCCUAUUUUUCUGUCUCUCUUUCUCUUCCGCUCUCUGUUGCAUCACAUAUCAUCUACCUAUCACGCGAUAGUAUCAGCACCUGAGAAUGUUUUUGGAAAAAAUGCUUUUACGCGCUUGAACAUUUCGUCAGAACUCGUAGUAUCACAACUAUAACUAAUAUUUUUGUUCUUCUUAUGCAGAUAACUGCUGUCAUAGCUGUAGUAUUCCCAAGAGCUACUGCUGCAUGCUGACCUGUAUAUUGCCUGUGAGACAGCAGGAAUACUGCACUAUUUAAAUUGCACUGUAGGUCCUAUCCUGUUGAUGUCUGUUCAUGCAGUCAAUGAGGUAUUCUCAAAUGUCAAUAUUACUAUGGCUAAGACUGGAAUAAUGUACACCUCGACCCGCAAAAGCCAUGACAAAAAUCAACUCUGCAAUUUUCAAGUGUACCAGUUUCUUUCUUUUUUUUAGGUUCAUUGGAAUGGGUAGUUUAUUACUAUGAUGUGACGACGUAGGAAAGGUUUGUCUUGAAAAAACAUUAAGAAUAAAGGGAGAAAACGUGCCAGAAUGCUAGAAAGAGAGGUCGUUUUUUUGUAGACCUGCAUUAAAUUCUAUUUUCUUAAUAUUGAUGUCAGCCUACAUGGUAUGCAAGCAAAUGGUCACCCAGGGGGGAGAGUAAGUCUUGGGGUGACUUUAUGCUAUAUACAGGAAAAGAAUGUGUGAUUUUGGCGACAAAGUUUGACCAUUCAUUAUUGAGCCUACCAUGUAUGUGCAUCCUUUAAACAAGACUCAGUAGUAUUUAGUAUUCAGCAAUAUAUGUCCAGUUUACCUACUUCAGGGUUGAGUUCACUAGCCCGAAGUACAUAGUUGAAAUCAGCUGAAUGUUUUAUCUACCUGGCAGGUUUAUUUCAGAUCCCUUGGUGGGAAAAUGUCAGAUAUAUUCAGGAAAACUGCUUCUGCAAAUUAAACGAUGCAUGCUAACCUUGGUUGUUAUUAUUGCAUUUGAUUGUUUUGUUUAAUUUAAAAUGAAUGACUUUCCAAACUUGUCUGUUAGGUUUAAGUCCAGAAUUCUUACUGUUGGUUCCCUAGCUAUAUUAUCAUUGACUUUUAUAAUACUUCGCUAUCAUGUAGAAACAACUAUGCCCUUGUAUGCUAUAAUUAACCAUUUAUAAAAUGUAAUACUUUUGGCAUCAUGCACAGAAUUUCUUUUUAUAUGUUGUUUUUUUCUGUAAUGAAUGAGCAAUGUCCAUUAAAGGAUUUUGAAGAGAUA